AUCCUUGUACCUCUUUUGGAUCACAUGACCACGGACGACAUAUCGCGUCGCUUCACUGCUGCCGAAGCCUAUCAUUUUAUUGACGAGACGAUCUCUAAUAUGUCGGAAGUAGAGCUCUCUGCUGAAGUUCCUGAAGAGGUCUUAGGCAAAAUGCCAUCUUUGGAGGACUUAUGGAAAUCAUUACCCCAAGAAUUCAUCCUGCAAUGGCGAGCAUACCGCAGUCCGCCAUUGUCAUGGUCUACUCGCAUUUUACGCUUCAUUUCGACACGUUUCACUUACAAUAUUAACCCGUUAGGAUUUCGGUUUCUUGCUUUCGUACGUCGAAUUCUAGGAAGAUGA